AUGCAGGAAGAUGAGACCGAAGGUUCCAAGUUGCGGUCAAGUUCCAGCAACAACUGGGAGUCAGCCCCAUCUGUGCUGGAGACCGAAGAGAGAACCUCCUCCCCUUUCCUAGAACUGGAACAGCCCUGCCCACCACCCCGUAAAACCUCGCGUCAAUACUUGAAGAAAAUCAUCGCUGAAUAUGAGGCUCUGGACAUGGAGAUGCCUUGUAUCCGGAAGUUCCCCAGGCCUCCAGUGGCCCGGCCCCUUUGUCUUUGUAUGGAGAUCCUGCCUGAAAAGGAGAUGAACCAUGCUGAGGUCCUCGCAGCUGUUGAGGCAGCCAUUCCUAAUGCCUUUGAGGCAGGCCUCUUGUGUAGCAUCCAGUUCGAGAACAUCAAUGUGAUCUGCGGAACAGCCGGACGGAAGAACAGGUGGCUGCUCAAAGUGUCAGAUUUCCGAACCCGGAACCAGCUCCUGCACACAGGCCUGACGGUGGACCAAGAUCACUUCCCACUGAGACGAUGGGACGAUCUGGUGAUGGAGGACUAUCGCAUGCACCUCCGGAGGGUGUUGGCCCGGCAGCGUUUGCUGGAGACCCUCAAUGAUUCCUAGGAUGUCAUCAAUUUGGAGA